AUAGGACUCGAUUGGUUUGAGGCCCUGGGGAUACACGUCACAGGACUCAACAGUUUACAAACACUCGACCUACAGGAAGUCUGCAAAGAAUUGGCAGAUGUUUUCAGCCCCCAGCUGGGCACAUUCAAAGGACCCCCUGUGUCCUUAAAGCUAGACCCCACUGUCACUCCCAUUAGAAUUAAAGCAAGAAGGGUCCCUUUUACUUUAAAGAGUAAAAUUGACACUGAGUUAGACAAACUGAUUCAACAGGGAAUCCUAGAACCUGUUGAUUCCAGUCCUUGGGAGACCCCCAUUGUCACGCCUCUAAAGGCAAAGGGGGACAUUCGCAUUUGUGCUGACUACAAAUGCACUCUGAAUAAGGCAUUGCAGCAACAUGCCUAUCCUGUUCCUGUGGUCAGUCAUAUUCUGGCCUCCCUCAAGGGGGGGGCGCCUCAGACUAUUGUGACCCACAGGGGAGCCUUUAAGGUAAAAAGGCUGCAGUUUGGAGUGAAUGUCGCUCCUGGGAUUUUCCAAAGCGUAAUGGAAAACACACUGCGGGGCAUACCGGGGGUUUGCCCCUACUUUGAUGAUGUCUUAAUUGCAGGGGACUCCACACACAUUCUAGCUGAAAGGCUAAGUGACCAUAAGCCUCUGCUGGGACUGUUUACCACACGUAAGCAGACUCCCCAAAUCAUUUCCCCUAGAAUUCUUAGGUGGUCUAUUUUUCUGUCUGCAUAUGAUUUUUCUUUACUCCACAAGCCUGGGAAAGAAAUGGGCCAUGCUGAUGGCCUCAGUAGAUUGCCUCUGCCAGUAGUAGAAGCUGACCCUGCGCCAGCUGUCAACAUUCUAUCAAUCCAAGCCUUGCCCGAGCUCCCUCUUUGUGCCAGGGAUGUUGCCGCUGAAACAGGUACCGAUCACACACUUUCACGUGUCCGUUCCUGGGUUUUGUCCGGUUGGCCUGAGCACUGCCCUAGUCCUGAGUUUCAGAGUUUCUGGUCCAAAAGAAACGAGUUGUCCCUUUCUCAGGGUUGUCUGCUUUGGGGACACAGAGUUGUCAUUCCCACCUCAAUGAGGACUAGGGUCUUAGAAUCCCUCCACGAGGGUCAUCCUGGCAUUGUUCGUAUGAAGGCUCUUGCACGCAGCCUCUUGUGGUGGCCUGUUUUAGAUAAGGAUAUUGAGGCUCAGGUGCAUGCAUGCCACCUGUGCCAACGAUCUCGCCCAGAGAUGCCCCAAGCUCCUGUGCAUAGAUGGGAGGAAACACAGUCCCCCUGGUCUAGGGUGCACAUUGACUAUGCUGGGCCCUUUCAGGGCCAGUUCUUCUUGGUCCUUGUUGACAGCCAUUCAAAAUGGCUUGAGGUUGUACCUGUCUCAUCCACCACCACUGCAAAGACUAUUCAGGUACUGAGGGGGAUUUUUGCUGCACACGGGCUUCCAGAUGUCAUCGUGUCUGACAACGGCCCUCAAUUCACUUUCUCCGAAUUCCAAGCUUUCUUACAGGCUAACAUGAUUCGUCAUGCCACGUCUGCACCCUUCCACCCGUCUACCAAUGGUAUGGCUGAACGUAUGGUGCGCAUCACAAAGGACGCCUUGAAAAGACUGCGUCAACUUACUACUAAACUUGACCGGUUGCAUCCGGACAGACUGCCUUCAUCUACCUCACAUCCUAGGGCACCUAGACAACUACUUGUGGGUGCCCCGGUUUGGGCUCGCAAUUACGGGUCUGGUCAUACCUGGGUCCCCGCUUCUAUUUCCAGGGUCACAGGUCCUCUCUCC